CAUCGCGUCACGUCACUUCGGCGUUCUGUGGGCGGGGCGGGAGGCCGGAAGGUUCCAGAGGGGCCGCGGGAGCCGGUGUCGGCGGGCGACAUGGCCUCAGCGUGGGAGGAGUUACAGAAAGAUUUGGAAGAGGUUAAAGAACUGCUUACGAAAGCCACAAGGAAGCGAGUUCGUGAUGUCCUGAUGACAGAGAAACACAAGCUAGAGCUAGAAAUCAAGAAUCAGCCUCCACCGAAGCCAAAAGAUGUGACAGAGGAAGAAAAGUCACUGGGAGGGUACACGGUGAAAAUAAACAAUUAUGGUUGGGAUCAGUCAGAUAAGUUUGUUAAGAUUUACAUUUCUUUAAAUGGAGUCCAGAAGCUUCCAUCUGAGAAUGUGCAGGUGAAUUUCACAGAGAGGUCAUUUGAUCUGCUAGUGAAGAAUCUGAAUGGGAAAAACUACACCAUGACCUUCAACAACCUCAUGAAACCCAUCUCUGUGGAAGGCAGCUCUAGGAAGAUAAAGACAGACAUGGUCCUUGUGAUGUGUAGGAAGAAGCGGGAGGAAAAAUGGGACUGUCUCACUCAAGUGGAAAAAGAAAGCAAAGAGAAAGAGAAGGCUUCCUAUGACACCUCAGAUCCUAGUGAGGGGCUUAUGAACCUUUUAAAGAAGAUGUAUGCAGAAGGGGACGAUGAAAUAAAGCGCACCAUCAACAAGGCCUGGGUUGAAAGCAGAGAAAAGCAAUUUAAAGGGGACAUACCAAUGGAUAUUUAAAAGUACUCUAAAGGCCGCCUUAAUACUGAUCUUCCAUGUGAGACAUGCUCUGCUGCAAAGAUCAUUGUUUACACAACCUUCUUCCAAGCAAAGACAGUCAUUUUCCAUUUCAGGUUGGAGAAAAUAUUUAAAUAAAAUAGCUUAUAAAGCAUUUCCUUCAGUCAAGUGGCUCACCAUUUCCUGAAGAGUGGAGCAUAGGUAUAUCCUUACUCCUUCCUGAAAAAGCAUCUCAGAUGAAUUGAAACUGAGAACAGAAUGUAAAAGGAAAGGAAUCCCAAACCAGGAGGGGUCAAGGCCCCUCUGUUUCAAGGAACAGCUGUAUUCAACUGGUUGCUGGGGCUGAUGUCAUGCUUGCUAUGUGGGGUGUGGUUUUUGAUUUGAUGUGGGAAAGCAGGGUUGAAGCAUGUUAGAGAAAUGCUGAACAGAGCAGAACCACUAUCUCAUGCACUGAAGAGUUGAGCAGAAACAGUAUGGUGUUAAUCCCAUGGUGUUAAAAUUUAAUGGUUGCUCUCAGAAAUUAAUUACUGGAUGUUUAGCCUCUUACAGAUUUUGGAAACACGUCUUUAGUGCCCAUGCUGUGACCUCCUUUGGGGUGUCUUUGAGGUGGCAUGUCACAGGAGGACAGUCAGAUUACCCUGCCUCUAACAGUGUAUGAAGAGACAAACUACUUCUUCCUAUCAAGAGUUUACACUAAGAAGUAUAUUGGGACAGCACAUACUCCAAAAUUUACUCUGCUGGGAGUGAUGGGCUGC